CUUCAAAAUCCGGCGGCUGUCCCUAGGCCUGACGCAGACACAAGUGGGGCAGGCCCUCAGCAUUACAGAGGGACCGGCCUACUCUCAGUCAGCCAUAUGUCGGUUUGAGAAACUCGACAUCACUCCUAAGAGUGCGCAAAAAAUCAAACCUGUACUAGAGAGAUGGAUGGAGGAAGCUGAAGACAGGUACAAGAACGGGGGCCACACGCUCACGGACUUCAUGGGGAGCGAGCCCACCAAGAAGAGGAAGAGAAGGACGUCCUUCACUCCCCAGGCCCUCGAGAUCCUUAACUCCCACUUCGAGAGGAAUACUCAUCCCUCUGGGGCGGAGAUCACGGCGAUGGGGGAGCAGCUGGGGUACGAGCGGGAGGUCGUGCGUAUAUGGUUCUGCAACAAGCGUCAGGCUCUCUCUUGA